AUGGGUUGCGCUUAUUCCAAAACUUGCAUUGGUCAGAUUUGCGCGACGAAAGAGAAUAGCAUCAGGCAAACUCAUCAACAGGCUCCGGCGAGAGGCACGAGGCUUACGACCGCGACUGUGGCGGCGGAGGGGGAGAAUCCGGUGUUCAAUUUCUCUUCAGAUGCGGCGGAGGAUGAAGAUAACGACGAAAUUCACCAGCUGAGCUUGAGCAGAGACCAGGAAUGGGGAAUCACUCGGCUUUCUAGGGUUUCUGCUCAAUUUCUGCCGCCAGAUGGGUCGAGGAUUGUGAAAGUCCCGUCUUGUAACUACGAAUUGCGAUACUCGUUUUUGUCCCAGAGAGGGUAUUAUCCCGAUGCUCUCGACAAGGCUAAUCAAGACAGUUUCGCGAUUCACACGCCCUUCGGGAGCAACUCGGAAGAUCAUUUCUUUGGGGUGUUCGAUGGGCAUGGCGAGUUUGGUGCGCAGUGCUCGCAGUUUGUGAAGCAGAGGCUGUGUGAGAAUCUUCUUAGACAUGGUAGGUUUCAUGUAGAUGCUGCAGAGGCUUGUAAUUCGGCUUUCUUAACCACGAAUUCCCAGUUACAUGCUGAUAUAGUGGAUGAUAGUAUGAGUGGCACAACGGCCAUUACGGUUAUGGUUAGAGGAAGGACGAUAUAUGUAGCGAAUGCAGGUGAUUCGAGGGCGGUUUUAGCUGAGAAGAGAGAAGGUGAUCUUGUUGCUGUUGACUUGUCUAUUGAUCAGACUCCGUUUCGAACUGAUGAGCUUGAAAGAGUUAAGCUUUGUGGAGCUAGAGUCCUUACUCUUGAUCAGAUCGAAGGCUUGAAAAAUCCUGAUGUUCAGUGUUGGGGCACUGAAGAAGACGAUGAUGGAGACCCUCCGAGGCUUUGGAUUCCCAAUGGAAUGUACCCAGGAACUGCUUUUACAAGGAGUAUUGGUGAUUCUAUUGCAGAGACGAUAGGGGUUGUUGCUAACCCUGAGAUUGCUGUUGUUGAGCUCUCACCUGAUAAUCCUUUCUUUGUGGUUGCUAGUGAUGGUGUCUUCGAGUUCAUCUCUAGUCAGACUGUGGUGGACAUGGUUGCAAAACAUAAGGAUCCUCGAGAUGCUUGUGCUGCGAUUGUUGCUGAAUCAUAUAGGCUAUGGCUACAGUAUGAAACUCGUACAGAUGAUAUCACCAUUAUUGUCGUGCACAUUAAUGGGCUGAAAGAUGAUGCUCCUCGGCAAUUGACGAGUACAGGGACUCAAAUGCAGCCUCCUAUUCCACAAGUUGUGGAGCUGACAGGUUCGGAAUCUCCUUCCACCUUUGCGUGGAACUCUAGAAACCAACGUGUGAGGCAUGAUCUAUCCCGGGCUAAAAUACGCGCCAUUGAGAGUUCACUAGAGAACGGACAUGCUUGGGUUCCUCCAUCUCCAGCCCAUAGGAAAACCUGGGAAGAAGAAGCACACAUUGAGCGGGUGUUACGUGACCAUUUCCUCUUCAGGAAACUCACUGAAUCUCAGUGCCAGGUUUUGCUGGACUGCAUGCAAAGGCUUGAAGUUAAUCCUGGGGAUGUUGUUGUGCAACAGGGUGGUGAAGGUGACUGCUUCUAUGUUGUGGGUAGUGGAGAAUUCGAGGUCUUGGCAACUCAGGAUGAAAAGAAUGGUGAGGUGCCUAGGAUCUUGCAGCGGUACACAGCUGAGAAACAGUCAUCAUUCGGUGAACUCGCCUUGAUGCAUAACAAGCCGCUUCAGGCUUCAGUACGUGCUGUGGAGCAUGGAACAUUGUGGGCCUUAAAAAGAGAAGAUUUCCGAGGAAUUCUGAUGUCUGAGUUCUUAAACUUGGCAUCCUUGAAGCUUCUUCGUUCUGUCGAUCUUCUUUCCCGCCUUACGAUUUUGCAACUAAGCCAUGUUGCAGAGUCUCUUUCCGAAGCUUGCUUUUCCGAUGGACAAACGAUAGUUAACAAGGAUGAGAAGCUUCAGGGCUUGUAUGUGAUCCAGAAGGGACUCGUGAGAAUUACUUUUGGUACAGAGUUAUUGGAGAGUCAAAAUGUUUCAAGCCUUAAGACUGGGAACUCUGAAGAAUAUGAGAAUCUUGAAACCGGAACAGAAGUCUCCGUAGAAAAGCAAGAAGGGAGUUACUUUGGUGAAUGGGCUCUUCUCGGCGAACUCAAAGAUUCCUUAAGUGCAGUCGCAGUGGGCGAAGUGGUCUGUGUGGUUUUAACAAGAGAAAAUUUCGAGACUGCGGUUGGUCCUCUGACCAAUCUUUCAGAUGACAACUAG